GUCAACAAAGCUGCUCGCUCCUAUUCCCACUACUACAGUCCUACAUACACCCCCACCCCCACUCCCACUCCCACAGAAUGAACCUCAAGAUCAUUUCCUUCGUUUCCUUUCCUUCCGAAGAAUUAUACGGACAUGCCGGAGAGAGCAUCUGCUAUCUCAUCCUCAACUACCUCAGUCAGAUCGACAUUACUAUUACGCUUCUUGGCCGGGAGAAGCGAUACCGGCGGACCACCACCUCAGCUCAUCGAUCCGGCGGCGGCGGUUUAGCGGAUGACAUUUCUUCUCGUCAGCCUUGGUGGAGGAGGCCGGCCAGGGCCAGACAGAGAGGGAGGAGCUGUUGCUGUGCUUACGGGAAGAAGAGAAGACAAGAUGCAAUUGUUUAGGCAGAAGACUGGGCCCAAAGCUUCUUGGAAGAACUGAUGAUUCAGGGAGGCUGCUUAAGGAUUUCAUUAAGAUACUCAAUCAAGUGAGAUCUGAGGAUGUGCCAGCAGAUUUGAAGCUCCCAGAUUCUUUCACUCAACUCGUCUCUGAAAUGAAAAACAAUAAACACAGCACAAAAGAAUUUGUACUUAUAUUGAAGGGAAUGAUGGAGAGAUCUCAAAGGGAGAUUAGAGAAUCUAAAUUUGCAGAGUUGAUGAAUAAACACUUUGCUGCAAGUUCAAUCCCAAAGGGCAUUCAUUGUCUCUCACUCCGGUUAACUGAUGAGUAUUCAUCCAAUGCUAAUGCACGUAAACAAUUGCCUUCACCAGAGCUACUCCCUUUGCUCUCUGACAACUCCCUACACCAUUUUGUAUUGUCAACUGAUAACAUCCUAGCUGCUUCCGUGGUGGUCAAUUCUGCUGUCCAGUCAUCUCUUAAACCUGAAAAGAUUGUUUGUCAUGUCAUUACUGACAAGAAGACUUAUCCCGGGAUGCAUUCAUGGUUUGCUCUAAAUCCCGUCUCUCCUGCUACUGUUGAAGUAAAAGGUGUUCACCAGUUUGACUGGUUGACAAGAGAGAAUAUUCCAGUGCUUGAAGCUGUGGAGAGUCAUAGUGUUAUACGUAAUUAUUACCAUGGGAAUCAUGUUGCAGGAGCCAAUCUUAGUGAUAUUACUCCACGCUCUUUUGCCUCGAAAUUGCAGACUAGAAGUCCGAAAUAUAUAUCCUUACUCAACCAUCUUCGCAUAUAUUUGCCUGAGCUUUUCCCAAAUCUGGAUAAAGUUGUUUUCUUAGAUGAUGAUGUUGUAAUUCAGCGUGAUUUAUCUCCACUCUGGGACAUUGAACUUAAAGGAAAGGUUAAUGGUGCUGUUCAGAAAUUACUUCAACUUUUCUCAUCCUCUAAUAGCAAAGAACUUGAGCCCUGAUGAUUGUGCAUGGGCUUAUGGAAUGAAUAUCUUUGACUUGUCUGCAUGGAGAAAGACUAAUAUAAGAGAAACUUACCACAAAUGGGUCAAAGAGAAUCUGAAUUCAAACUUGACAAUGUGGAAGCUUGGAACACUCCCGCCUGCUUUGAUUGCAUUCAAGAACUACAUUCACCCAAUUGACUCCUCUUGGCACAUGCUUGGUUUAGGCUACCAGAGCGAGACAAACGUGGAGAAUGUUAAGAAAGCUGCUGUAAUUCAUUACAAUGGGCAGUCAAAGCCAUGGUUGGAGAUAGGGUUUGAACAUCUCCGACCAUUUUGGACCAAAUAUGUGAACAAUUCUAAUGACUUCAUUAGGAAUUGCCACAUCCUGGAGUAGACUGAAUCUCAAGAUAGCAGAGAAGUAUUGAAAGCCAUCAUCAUAUAACUUGAGCCCACUUUUUUUGGAGGCAAGAUAGUUUUGUCAACUCUCUGAUCUCUUUUUUCAAUGAGAAUGGAGCGUUAUUCUUUGAGUGUUGUAUUAUAUCCCGUCCAUGUCUAUUUGUUUAAUUGGGUAAAAUAUUGUUUUCGCAUUUUACCUUUUACAGCAGCUUAUGGUUCUACCCGCUAGGAGGGGAACGUGAGGCAUUGAAGUAAGGCUCCUGACCCUCCCCUCCCCAAAAAGCUGAUGGAGGUUAUUCUUUAACUUGGUUUUAUUUUUAAAUGUUGGCUAUGGUUUCGGUCAGCAUUUCUCCUCACUGUAAUUGUAGUCAUCAGUAUGAUAUAAUCAUAUAAUUGUAGGUUGUGGGAACACGAAAUACAGGUAUAUUGACCAUGAAUACUGGUUGAGAUGAUCUUUUUGUUGGGAAUGCUGAGUGCUUAUGAGGAUCAUGUUGUGAAACACUUGUACUCUUUAGAUAUGUCUGUUGGGAAUCAUCAUAGAUUGUAUACUGUAUAUGCUUAACUGUUCAGCCCGCCUGGAAUUCGCAUCAUCUGCCCUUCUCAAUUACUCAUGAGUUCAUCGACAAUGACGUAUGGUCUUCCAUUACUGCCCAACUAAACUCUUUCUAUAUACAGUUUCUAUGCCCAUAUGAAAACAU